CAGUUACAAUUAAAUGCCGUUGCCGCUCAGGCCAAUUUGGCUGGCCAGCAUCUGGGUGGUACCUCUGUCGCCCUUGCUUCCUUAUCCUCACCUACUACGAAACUUUCCGCCAACUCCACCGGCUUAUCCAACGGCAGUCGAGCCCGUGUGCACUCAGCCAUGGCUUCUGGUGCUAAACCUGUCCAUACUUCUAUGGCUCUGGCAGUUGCUGGAACUGGCCAAUCCACUCCUAUUCACUAUGUAAUUGAGACGUCUCCAGCUCACUCGCAUCAGAUUCAGCAACAUCACGUCGCUACUGCUCUCCAGCAUCACUCUCCACAUCAUGUUCAUCAGCAGCAGAAACAAUUCGUCACUAGUCAUCGCUCUCAACAACAUCAACAUCAGCACAAUCUAUCAAUGCAUCGGACUCAGUUCGCGCAAUCUCAACAUUCUCAGCAGCAAACAUCUGGCUUACGGCGUUACACUCUUCCUCGACUACCACAGACCACUCAUCAGCUUGAAGGUGGGCGUGGAUCCUCAUCUAUGGAGGGUACGUCUUCUGCAUCCACAACCUGUUCCACUAUUCGAACUGCAGAUCAUGCAUCGUUAGCAGCUGGCCAGUCUUCUAAUGGUAGUGCAGUUGAGCAGACGCAGAUAGAUGAGGAGGGCACUGUGCGUCAGCUAACUUCAAGUCAGCGCACUAAACUAGCCCAAGAUCUGACUGUAGUGGAAACAAAUCUUCACGUGCUCACCGAUAUGCUCAGUGAGCUACAACCAGACAGCGUGGGUCAAGACGAUCUACAGCUGUUGCAGGUACGCCACUGGACGCCCUUUAAAUCUUUUAUAACCCUCAUUUACCGAUUUAUGCUUUAA